AGGAGUGGCCUCAGUGGUCCGUGUGAAGAGGAAGUUGAAGCAGGAGAGGAUGGGUGUCAAUGCCUCCAGCUAUCCUCAUUCAUGCUCUCCUCGUUUUGGGGGCAAUUCACAGUCUCAGCAGACUUUCAUAGGGACGUCAUCCUACAGCCCACAGGGCUAUGGCGGCGAGGGAAAGCUGUACAGCCUGGAGCCGGGCUUGGACAAGCCCCAGGACAAGAAGAAGAAGAGCUCAGGCCUGGCCACACUCAAGAGGCGCUUUAUUAAGCGACGCAAGUCCAGUCGCUCCGCCGACCAUGCCCGCCAGAUGCGCGAGCUCCUGUCGGGCUGGGACGUGCGCGAUGCCAACGCCCUGGUCGAGGAGUACGAGGGCACCGCCGCCCUGAAGGAGUUGAGUCUCCAGGCUGGGCUGGCACGGGCCGAAGCCCGGACCUUGCAGCGAGAUCUGGCAUCGCUGUACCAGCACAAGUACUGUACCGAUGUCGACUUGAUCUUUCAGGAUUCUUGUUUCCCCGCGCACCGUGCCGUGUUAGCGGCCCGGUGCCCUUUCUUCAAGACUCUGCUGUCGUCUUCGCCAGGCUACGGGGCUGAGGUACUCCUGGAUGUGGGGACGGCGGGCAUGGACGCGUCCAUGUUUUCGGCGCUCCUGCACUACCUGUACACAGGCGAGCUGGGCCCGGAGGUGGACGCGCGUCUUCGCAACAUGGACGUGUUGGUGCGCCUAAGUGAAGAGUUUGGCACGCCCAACUCGCUGGAGGAGGACAUGAGGGGUCUCUGUGAACACAUGUGUUACUACGACUCCCUGCUCAGCUUCUCCUCCGACUCGGAGCUGGUUGAAACCUACGGCGCCGUGCCCAUUGUGGGGGGCCGUGCGGGAUUAGGGGGUGGAGUGGUCACUCCGGGCUCCGCGGACGAGGAACUCCGUGCUCACAAGGCUGUUCUCUCGGCCCGCUCGCCUUUCUUCCGGAACCUGCUUCAGCGGCGCAUUCGGGCCGGCGAGGAGAUCACGGAGCGAGCCCUGCACACGCCCACGCGCAUCAUCCUGGACGAGUCCAUCAUUCCGAAGAAGUACGCACGCGUCAUCCUGCACUGCAUGUACACGGACGUGGUGGAGCUGGGGCUGGUGCUGAGGGGCAGCCCCUCCGCGGGGAGCCUGGGGGAAGUGCAGGCCCUGGUGGCCGGGGCCAGGGGCAGCGGGACUCGGGCCGAGGAGGCCAUGGAACUCUACCACAUUGCCCUUUUCCUGGAGUUCAGCAUGCUUGCCCAAGGCUGUGAGGACAUCGUGGUGGAAAGCAUCUCUCUGGACACGGUGGUGGCCAUCUUGAAGUGGAGCUCGCAGCCCUACGGCUCCAAGUGGGUCCACCGGCAGGCCAUGCACUUCCUGUGCGAGGACUUCAGCCAGGUCAUGGUGUCAGACGUGCUGUAUGAGCUCAGCAAGGAGCCCCUCCUGUCCGCCAUACAGUCCGACUACCUGCAGGCCAGCGAGCAGGACAUCCUGAAGUACGUGGUCAAGUGGGGCGAGCACCAGCUCAUUAAGAGGAUGGCAGACCGAGAGCCCAACCUUUUGAGCGGCACUGCUCACAGCGUCAACAAGAGGGGUGUGAAGAGGAGGGAUUUGGACCUGGAAGAGCUGAAGGACAUCCUGUCUCCACUGCUGCCUCACGUCCGCAUCGAGCACAUCCUGCCCCCCAGCAGCGAGGUCCUCUCGGACACGAUGAAGAGGGGUCUGAUCAGCACCCCUCCCUCCGACAUGCUCCCCACGGCCGAGGGGGGAAAGGGCAACGCCUGGCUCCGGCAGAAGAGCGCCGGCAUCUACGUGCGCCCCCGCCUCUUCUCGCCCUACGUGGACGAGGCCAAGUCGGUGCUGGAUGAGAUUAUGGUGGAGCAGACCGACCUGGUGCGCCUGCGCAUGGUGCGCAUGUCCAACGUCCCCGACACCCUCUACAUGGUGAACAACGCUGUGCCCCAGUGCUGUCACAUGAUCAACCACCAACAAAUGGCCGGCAGCCAGUCGGCCCCGCCCUCCGUGGUGGCCAAUGAGAUCCCAGUGCCUAGGCUGGCGGUGGUGAAGGAGAUGAUCCGGAGGCUGCAGGACCUGCGCCACACAGACCAGGUGCAGCGGGCGUACGCCCUCAACUGCGGCGAGGGCGCCACAGUGAGCUACGAGCUGCAGAUCCGCGUGCUGCGGGAGUUCGGCCUGCCCGACGCCGCCGCCGAGCUGCUGCAGAACCCUCACAAGUUCUUCCCCGAGGAGCGCUUCGGAGACGAGAGCCCCGUCCUGGCCCUGCGCCAGUCGGGCCGUUGCCGGGUCAACAGCAGCCCGGCGGUGGAGAGUAUGUUCACCGACCUGGAGGCUAUGGCUGCCUUCCACCCUCCCCUCCCUCCUCCGCCGCCGCCCUACCACCCCCCGGCCACGCCCAGCCACGCCCAGCUGAAGGCGGGCUGGCGGCCCCGCAUCCCCUCCCAGCCCCCGUCGCGCUCCUUCUCCUACCCCUGCAACCACAGCCUCCUCCACCGCCAGCCCUCCGCCUCCUCCAAGCACGGCAGCCCCGCCUACCUGCCGCCCGGGGUGAAGGUCCUGCCGCCGGACUGCACCAACCCCCAGGGCGGGGGGGGACGUGCGCCGCACCUGGACAAACAAGGGAACAUAGAACCCGUCAUCAACGAGUUCAUGCCAGACAUCGCCAUGGGGGUGUCGGCCAUGACCCUGAAGGAGCGCCGUCCCCCGGAGGUCAGCAUGGAUGUGGAGCCUCACGAGCCCCACCCCUCCCACCUGUCCGCCGCCCCGGCCCCGCCAGCGCCCCACUGCCACGCGGCCCGCCACCCUCACGCCUCCCGCAAGCGCCACGCCGCCGAGCCCAAGCCAGAAGUCCAGCCGGAGUACCCCGACCUGUACGAGUUCUCCGGCCGCCACACCGGCUCCUACCCCGGCCCCGACCUCUACAGCCACAGCAGGGCGCCCCCCGGGGGUCCCGGCCCCCCGCCGUCCUACCCCUCGGACCCCCAGCAGCACCCCUGCCGGCCGGCCGCCCCCGCUGGGGACCCCCUCCGCCUGGACGUCCUGGAGCAGCCCCCCCAGAGGCUGGACUUGGCUCUGGCCACGCAGGGUGGAGGGGCGCAGGCCGGGGCGGCCGCACACGGGCCGAGGGGGCGCCCCGGGACGGAGACAGACCUGACUUGUGGACUGGGGCCGUCCCGGCACGUGGAGGCGUACGAGGAGUGGGCCCCGGCACGCCGGGCCGGAGCAGAGACGAAGGGUGGCGAAGACUCGAUGGGGACCAGAGACCGUAGGUCGCCCAGCAAACCAGACUACCCUUACAGGAAGUCUGCACUCUGACCUCUGGCCUUGACCCCCGCCCCCCCCCCUCCCACCACAAGUCUGAGAUGAGCUAGAACUAUAAACAGACUGGUAUACAGACAAACUAUCCAGACAACCUAAAGACAACUGCAUCCGGUGAUGGGCAGUGUAGUCUUGGGUGGUGGUGAGGCGUUCUUUCCAUUCUCUCCCUCCGUUCACUCUCAUGCACAGGUCAGGGGAACGGCUCCGAACACGGGGGGGGGGGGGGGGGGGUCAAGCCCCUUCCACGGGAGGUCAGUGUGCCGCACCAGCGAGGUGCAGCAAGUCACAGUGCCUUCAGCAUAAGCACCACAGCCCCGGACACAGCAGGGGGGGAAGGCUUUGAUUUGGUUGCUCUGUCUCCUCUUCCCCACUCCUCGGCCUUGCCAGACUCCCCAUCUCUCCCCAAUUUGCCCGACGAUGAAGCAGCUGUUCUCCAAUCACCUUCCAUUCCCCCUGUGCUGGUGUACGUUAGAAAGAAAUAGAAAAUCACCCCCACACAUUUUUUUUCUUUUCUCCCUCUCCUGGUUUUGCAGUAAUAGCCCUUGUAAUACUCUGCAGUCACAAGCUGUAUGUCAGUAUGGGCAAUUUAAGAAAAUUGGUAAUCUUCCCACUGGGCACAGUACCGGUCAGGCCACGCUCCAGGAAUACUAAUUAGAGUGAAGCAUUAUUAGAGGAAACAAUGAAGGCUCUGCUUUUAGUUUUUUUGGGGGGGCCUGAUGUUUCUCAGCCUUUCGCCUCCACUCCAAACUGCUACAGGCUCUUUGGAGGGGGUUUGACCUUUGCUGCUGUUAAAGGGGUCAAGACGGUACGGUUCUGUUUUUCUCCUUACACGGUUGGCAUUUUAAACCAGCCUGCUAGUAUUUCACCAUCCGUGAAUUAAGUGUGUGUCAUUCAUGCAUUCACCCCCCCCCCCCCCCCCGUUCUUGUGUGUCCUAGUAGCUCUAACCAGUCCUUACAUCGGAUCUCACUGAAUGUCCAUGUUGGAGCGGAGUAUUUACGAUGUCCUCUGGUGGAUUUCUGUAUUUCUUGGCGAGUUUUGGUCCAAGGUUAUGUCUGCAGCGUUUUGCUCCUUCGUAGCCCAUAGACUCGACACCCCGUCGCAGGCUGUGAAGAACGAUGCUCCCCUCAGUGAGACCUGGCUCCCCUCAGGUAGACAGAGCUCAGCCAAACCAAACCCAGAUCCCCGCACCUCCUCAGAGGCGAUCCGAGCCGGAGGACGCCGUCGGCCCCAUGAACCGACACCGCGGGUGUCGAGAGGGGCGACACCCUGCGCCCUUCCUUACAUUGCUUCACCCCACAACUAAGAUUACUACGAUGUCAGAGGGGCGGGCAAGUAAGACGAGGUUGUUUUUUGGGUUUGUUUUUUACCAUCCUCCGAACGGAACCAUUCAAAAACCAGCAUAGCAUAAAAACAAAACAAAAAAGUGCAUACCCAUCGAUUUAAGAGUACUGACAAGUUCAUCGAUUUAAGAGCACUGACAAGUUCAUCGAUUUAAGAGCACUGACAAGUUCACAUUUUCUCCAUAUGUUGCUACUACCAUUGUCCCCCCCGUCCCCCGUCCCCCCCACUGUGUCAAAAGACUCCGAACUCGAACUGUUAUGAUCUCUCACACCCAGAGCGGUGUUGUCGUGUCGUGCACCUGUAUUACUACCGUUCAGCCUCCCAGAGGCUCAUCCAAAUGGCCUGAUUUUUGAUGUAUUUUCUUGAAAUGCAAUGCUUUUUUUUUUUCGGUUGACGGCAGCGGCCCGCUUUUUCGUUUUCAUCCUUCGUUUCUGUUUGGGUUUUUUCACGACUGCAGCGAUGUUUCCGUCUAGCUCGGGGCGUGGUCUCUGGGUCCUCGUUGUUUGCCGAUGGAGUGGGGCUCUGGUUCCAUCCUGAAGGCCUUGCUGCAUCCAUCUGUGAGGCCGGCGAUGGAAAAUGGAAACUCUCGAGCAAAGUCGGAGCAUGUCAGGGCAGGAGUUUUUGGAUGCAGGGCGGCAUCGUGCGUUUCAAAGUCUUCCAGAUAUCCAGGCGGAAGGGAACAUAUUGGUGUCAAGAUGUGAAGGCGAUGAGCGUGUCGAUUUGAAGCCAGUCUCAGCUGGCAGAGAGGAGUUAUUAAUAGCCAUGCUCCAUUAUUUAUGAUUACAUCCAAAUUCAAUUUCUGCUGUGUCGAAUAAUUUCUUUUUUUUCUUCUUCUUCUUCACGCAUGCUCUGAAGGAUAUUUUGAGUCAAGUUGGUCUGAAGUCAAAAGUGCUUGGCAACUAGUUGGGCCUACAGUAGUCCACAUAAGCUAUUCCUGAGUCUAACAGAGAGAGCUUAUCCGACCCAUCAUGGCAACCCUUUUGUGAUUUGAUCAGUGUUUGGUGGACUUGACUCUGGUCCCUGGCUACACUGUGUCUACCUCUUUCCUGUCUCCCCGACCUUCUACUACCCUCAUUUAAGUAAUAUUUCAAACCCUUACUAUAUUUUCUACCAACUGUUCCCUAAUGGAAAUCGCUGGAACUCUGAUAUAUGCACAUCUGAUGCUGGUACUGCUGCUCUGCUAAGCUUCUCUCAGAUCCUAACAUCCACAGAAACGGUUACGGGCUUUCACACUAAUCAUUUCGACCGCCCGUGGACGAGUCAUCUCCUUUGCUGCUGCUCUCUAGCGUGAAAAAGGGACGUGUGUGUGUGUGCGUGCGUACACGUGGAACUGUUCACGUCUCAGUGCAUGUGGGUGUGUGGUGGUGGUGUGGGACGAUGGGUCCUUUGCCAAGAAGUGAAGCUCAACAAUUCCUAGAGGCCUAAACCAUUAAGGACACUAUAGUAGGGAGGUCUUCUUCAUUUUGUCCGAUGAUCUGUCAGGAUUAAAGAAAAGGAAAGAUCAUUGCAUUUGGUUGGUGGUUGCCUAAAACUGUAAAAGGUGUAAUACACUUAACAUCAGUACUUGUUUUGCUAUGGGACGGCUGGACAACUAGGGGGGUGGUUGGUCACAUUGACAUCCAGUCAUAACACUAUCCAAUGCUACGAGACUACUCAUUGUCAUGUGACCGUCCCCUAAGAGACGAGGGUAGGAGAACCAGUGUGUGUCAGCAGCAGCCCAUCCCCUGGCAACCCACAGGGCCCUGUCUCCAGAGGCCGCCACCCCCGGGGCCACGCCCCCUCCCCUCCUCCUGUAGCCCUCUUGGCAGUUCAGUGGUCAGCCCCUCCCCCACGGCCAAGCAGAGUGCCAAGCCCCUCGCGGGAGUGCCGUGGGUCUGCUCACCGGAGCGUGCAGGGGAAGAGCCGGGAGAGAGACCCCGAAAUAGCCACUCCCACCUCCCCCCACCCCCGUUAGGGUCCCUGAGGCGUCUCGGUGUCAGAGCACGGAGGUCAGAGAGAGGAGGGGGUCAGGCAGGGGAUGGAUGGAGAUGCGGCCGCUAGUAUGGGACUGCAGACACGAGACGCUGUCAACACUUUUCCAUUACAGAAAUCCCUCCCCACCCACCCAGCAGGAGAAGGGAUCGAAGCGAUACCAAAUCUAAUCACACGUGGCCCUCCCCCACCACAGGCUCAGAUAAGGGAAUCUCCCCCCCAAAUCCCCCCCCGAGGAGGUGUCGAAAUACCGCUGUUUCAGUCCGUGCUCUUUUUCAGGAGCUUGGCUUUUUUUGAAGGGAACCGUUUGCAUCCCGGGAGCCAGGAUUGUUGCUCCCCUCGUCCGUUGUCCCGUUUGAACCCGUAGCCCUGUAAGGACGAACAAAGCUAUAGUGGCGUGUUGAAUGCAUCGCUUGUAAGGUGUGAGUGGGUUUUACUCAGAAUACUCCCUGACCGAGCUCAUUUCAGACCCCUGUACUCCGUCUGUGGUCUGGAAGUACAAAGCUUUUGCUGGACAACGAUCCGACUUUUUGAAGAAUGCUUCAAAAAAAAUUUGGGGGGGGGCGUUUGCAGUUUAGGCCACAGAUUCGAGUUAGGAGCAUGAAGACCAGCCUUUGCAGUAUGUCUUAAGCUGUAGCGACUUUUGUUUAGGUUUUCAUGCCACAGAUGAAUUCAUUCCUUUGUUCUGUAGCAUUUGAGCUUUUGACUACGACAGUUAAGCAACGUCGCGAUGAAAGACGGAAGAUCUCGACCCCAGCUCGAGAGCGACGAUCGCGGUUUUCAAAUACUGUUUGAGAGUCUAAAAUGUUCAUUUGUUGAUUCAUAUGCUGUUGAUGUUAGACGAUAUUAAAAGACUGAGGGUCUUACCUUGCACUUAAGUACACACACCCCCUCCCGUUAUUGUAUGUUCUGCUCAGUAUUUGUUAUCCUCACGAUGGAGAGGUGCCCUUCACUUGUUUGAGCUGGACACCCGUGACAUACCCGCCUACAUAUUCUCUGAAGAUAUAUAUUUUUUCAAGUACUCAUUUGCUGGUAAGCUCUCAAAGGUCGUCAACCAAUGUUUUGCCUCAAACGAUGCACUCACUAAUAUCCUUAGGUUGUCCCAGGAACCAGCAGUUGUAGCUGGGCACGGUUGAAGGGUAGGUCGGUCGGUCGGUCGGUCGGAGGCGAAGGGAGGAAGUUAACUUAUUUUUCUUCUUUCAUGAACAUCCUCUUUCAGGGGUGUACGGGGAGGGUUCUUUUGGUUCAAGACUGUUUUGUUGUGUCCUCUUCCUGUUUUAAACCCCCCACCCCCCCACCCAUGGAUGGAGACGAAAGAGUGCCUUCUCUGCCAGUGGCCGGGUACCCUCCUUACCUGCGUCUUAUGCAAACCUUUUUCUACCUGCCCACGCAAUCCAGUCUCUUUGUAAUAGUGUAGCCAAUGCAUCGUGUACAUAGUGAUUUUCAAAGAGUAUUUUUUUGGUUUUAUUUUAGGUACCUUUGUCUCUGAAAAAGUAUUGGUUUGUUGUACAUAGACAGUUUUUCUAUAUAUAAAACAAAUAUGCCCCAUAUAUUUGUUGUAUAUAUAUAUAUAGAGAGAGAGAGAGAAAGGAUAAUACGCAUUCUCGUAGCUACUUGUAAGGAAUUGUGGAAAUUCUAUUUUUCUACUCUUCUCGAUAAAGAGUGUGAAAGUGGUGAGCUCAAAUCUGCAUUUUAGGUGACUGAUAAAAUAAACAGCUUUGAUAGAAAUUAA